UUUUCCUUGUCUGCAGCCAGUCAGCAGGCAGGAGGGAGGGGCCAAGCUGAUUUAAAAGGUUUUGCAAGAGCCCACAGCCUCUCCUUGCCUGUGGUGCUGGAAAGAGACUGCACAUGGCCACUUACCUGGAGCUGCCCACUCGUGGGAGGAUGCCCAUCCUGGGACUGGGGACCUGGCAGGCUCUCCAGGGGGCAGCAAGGGAUGCAGUGAAGUUUGCCAUCGAUGUUGGGUACUGCCACUUCGACUGUGCCUACAUGUACCAGAACGAGAGCGAGAUCGGGGACGCGCUGUGCCAAAAAAUGGAGGAGGGCGUGGUGGGGCGAGAAGAGCUCUUUAUUGUCAGCAAGCUGUGGUCCACCUUCCACGAGAGAUCCCUGGUGAAGGAGGCAUGCCAGAAAACACUUGCUGCCCUCCAGCUGGAUUAUUUGGAUCUCUACCUGAUGCACUCUCCCAUGGGAUUCAAGGCAGGAGAGGAGCUAUUUCCUGCAGAUGGAAACAGCAUGAUCAUUCCCAGCGAUACAGAUUUUCAGGAUACGUGGGAGGCCAUGGAAGAGCUUGUGGAUGUGGGAAUGGUGAAGGCUAUUGGAGUCUCCAACUUCAAUCAGAAACAGAUGGAUCGGCUCCUGGGCAAACCAGGCUUAAGACAUAAACCUGCAAAUAAUCAGAUUGAGAGCCACCCCUAUCUUCCUCAGGAAGAGCUGAUUAAGUUUUGCCAAUCCAAAGGGAUCUCUGUCACUGCAUAUUGUCCCCUUGGAGCACCCAACUGGCCAGGGUCCAAGCCUGACCAUAUUUCCCUUUUUGAUGAUCCUCAAAUUAAGGAAAUUGCAUUCAAGCACAACAAAACCCCAGCUCAGGUGCUUAUCCGGCUCCAAAUCCAAAGAAAUGUGAGUGUGAUUCCCAAAUCUGUCACUCCACAGCAUAUUGAAGAAAAUUUUAAGGUGUUUGACUUUGAACUGACUGAAGAGGAGAUGGAGACCCUCCUUGGUUUCAAGAAGUGCUAUCGCAUCUGUGCAUUAAGCGAAUGCAAAAAUCACAAGGACUAUCCUUUUUUAGAAGACUGACAUAGGCAUCAGCUUCAGAUCCUCCACGGAUCCAGACCAUUUAUUGUUAUUUCAAGCAAUUUGCAAUACUUUGUGUAUUAAUUAAUGAUAGAAGGAGAUAUGUACUAAAAAAAAUGGGAGAAGGUAACUCACAGGCAUUCUGAAGAGUCAUCUUUGAACAUGGAUACAUUUGCUUCCUUUACAUCAACCAGCUGUAUCAGUUCUUUAUCUGCUCUUUUAACAUGGUUUUCAGUUGCAGCAAAAUAUAUAUUCUAUCUUAAUUUAGUAAUGAUAAUGAAGUUUAAUAAACCCAUAUAUUGGGAUUAGGGAAAAGCAUUCUUUGCCAUUACUAUAAAUCCUGACUAAAUUU